AGGACGGAGAGAGGACAAGUGAGGGAGAGUGUAUAUAAGUUUGUGUGUCUGAGUGAGAGGCAGAGACAGAGGGAGACAGAGGCAGAGAGCUUUAGCCUGGCUUUUCUCCGCUGUGCCUUUCAGCUCCUCUCUCACUGUAGAAAGAGGCGUGUCCAUGGACCAGUAUAAAGUCCAAGGAGAGCCACUCGUGUUGAGCCAUUCUCAGGAGCGAGUCCUCUGCACCGCACGCCGGCAAAAGCGAGAGGAGGAAGCUGCAGCCGUGACUUAAAAAAAAAAAAAAACGCUGCCUACUUUUUUGAUGACCCGCUUUGGACACUUGUAGACCAGACUCUUCGGGAAGGCGGGCGAGCCUCCGGACUCGGGAGACGGAGCAAAGGGCUCACCUGGUGGAUACAACUGCCGCUCAUUCCACCGUAACCAAAAAAAAAACAAAAAAACAGUUCUUAUCACCACGACACUCGCCAGCUGAGCAGAUCAAGAGCAGGCUCCAGUUUCUGCGCUGUGAAACUGAAUCAGAGGAACGGAGAGGCUCAAACAGCAGAGGCAUUGUGUCCCUGCAAUUGAAACACUAACCAGCUGAACAUAUCAAAGACUCUCCUGGACAAAGCGUUCCUCUCAAAACCUCCUCUUGUUUGUCUAAAAAAAAAAAAAAGAAAAAAAAAAAAAUCUGCCGUUGGGGUAGAAAGUGAUCAAAAAAAGCUGCACCACACUCAGAGGACAGAGGGAGGCUGAGGGGACCAGACACCGGGGCUGAGGAUUGUGUGCAGGUGCCGGGUGCUGCCAUGGGUCGUGGAGGCGGCGUGGCAGCAGCUCCGUCCUGCUGGGGCCUGUGGGUGUUUGGCGCCCUGUCGCUGGCGGCGCUCUGCCUGUCGGACCAGGCCAUCCGCUGCCCGGUGUGCACCGAGGAGAGGCUGGCCAGCUGCCGUCUGCCGGAGGGCUGCGAGGAGACGGUGAGGGAGCCCGGCUGCGGCUGCUGCCCCACCUGCGCCCUGCCUAAAGGGGCGCACUGUGGCGUCUACUCGCCCCGAUGUGGGACGGGCCUCCGCUGCUACCCGCCACGUGGCGUGGAGAGGCCACUGCACUCGCUGAUGCACGGCCAGGGGGUCUGCACCGACGAGAGGGAGGUGGAGGAGAACUCAGCAGUCGACAGGCCGGAAGAGAUCAUCCCCGAACACCCCAACAACAGCAAUAUCCGGUGCAGUCCGCAGGACAAGCGCUGCAUACAGAAGACUUUGGCCCGACACCCUCCCAAAUCCACAAACCAGAGAAGCAACGCCGCCAGGGAGGAGACCAAGGCGGUGCUGGCUCCGUGUCGCGCCGAGCUGCAGAGAGCGCUGGACAGGCUGGCGUCCAACACCCGCACACAUGACGAUCUCUUCACCAUCCCCAUCCCCAACUGUGACAAGAACGGAGACUUCCACGCUAAACAGUGCCAUCCUGCUCGUGACGGCCAGCGGGGAAAGUGCUGGUGUGUGGACCAGAAGACGGGGAUGAGGCUGCCGGGGCCGCUGGAGCUCCGGGGGGAUCUGGACUGCCACCAGCUAAUGACUGCGACCCUGAGGGAUUGAGGAGGGAGGCGGCGGCGGCGGCGGCGGCGGCGCAGGACCAGCUGAAUUCUACUGGUGCUCAUUAGUAGAACUACAUGACUAAAGGACUUCAUCCUUAAGCCUCACUCUACCUGAGGCCAACGGUACUUGAGCUUGUGCAACAAAAAGGAAACCAUUGAAUUGAGUUCUUUUGCUAUUUUUAUUUUUUUUUUGUCUCUGUGUGUGAGAGUGUGUGUGAUGAUCCGAGUCUCCUGAGCACUUGUUGUGUUUUGUUUUCUACGAUGUGAACUUCAGACUGACGGUCUUUAGACACAUGCGCUUUAAAGUACCAGGUGGCGGACAGGAAACAAAAAAAAAAACAUAAAACACACACUUCCAGUUGUUAGUUGUGAUCUUUGUCAGAAUGCAGAGUGUGUUGUUUUCUCUAAUCUAACUUCAGUGUAGUAUUCUUUAAAAAAAACAAACAAACAAACAAAAAAAAAGUGACAAGAAAAUGCAUCCACUCCACCCAGUAACCAAACCAGGAGCUGUUAGUUUUCAUUCCUUCUGGAGCACUCGGUCCGUUGGAGGUUCUUCCAUCUGAAGGACUCGUCUUUCAAACAACUCGUUUAUUCUGCUGUUGUAUAUUUCGUAAACUCCACCCGUCUGGUAAGUAGGUUAAAGCGAACCAUAAAAUGUGUUUGCUCAAAGUCUAGUUCGGAGACGACAACCAGAGUAGCAAUAAAAGAUGAAACAAUGAGAAAAAAAAAGAGAAAAAAAAAAGAAGCAGGGUUUACAAAGGAAUGCAACAACCCCCCCCCAUUCGUGCUGAGUUACCGAAUGAUAAGCCAUAGCUUUUCACACCGCGGAGACCAAAGUGAAAAGUGAGAUUAGUCUGAAAAACUGUAUCUCUGCAACCCAGAAUAGAUUUGCCUCAUCACCCCGUGGUUCACUCUGCACCCCUCUCUCUUUGCCAACUCUCUCGCAUGGAGGACUGGCAGCGUAGCUGGGCUAGAAACUCUGUACACUGCUGAUAGGAUAAUCCUGUUUCUCCAGCUGGUGCUAAGAUGCCAGUACGACUCUCGUGUUCGCAUGAAUAUGCUUCGACGUACAGGAUUUCUCUCCAAACAGACUGCUUGGCAGAACUUUGGUGGUGCUACAUAUCGAUUGUGCCAAAAUACAAAAGGACAACAAAAACAACAACAACAAAAAAAAGAGGCUUCUGCACUUUUUUGUGCAUUGUUUAGGAUUGAAAGUGGAGCAUCAGCAAGCGUCACAAUCGCCUUCGUUCGUGUGAUCAGCUGCGCUAGCCGAUGACAGAACCUCUCCUGGGUCUUCUCGUCCACACGUAUCAACAUCCCACACUAGCUUUGCACUAUCGCUGGCAGAAUGUUCCACCGGCCGGGCGUGAUGUGUUUUAAAUAUAGACCAGGAGUGUAAAAACUUUUAAUGAUUAAGCUCCUGGCAGCCGAGCGACUCCCAGCUAACGUGGUGCAGCUGUAAAGAUAACGCGACGAUAACGAGGGAACCAGGAAUUCCUCUGACAAAGCUAGCUAUCAGCCAUCCAUAGAGCAUCGUUAUCGUAAUUAAAGGAGUGUAUUAACAGCGAAACAGCGACUCAGACGCAUACUUUAGACACUGUGGUUGGAGGCCGGCGGUGUUCCGGUGAAUUCGAGGCAGACUCGCAGGUUAAAGCUGCUUUAUCUGCUCCACCAGGAGACUUUGGUUAUCGUUGACUCAUGAAAAGAUUAUUGGUGCUGGUGGUGCCACGGCAGAAAAAAAAAGGAGCAAAAAGCAAAGUAGCAUCAAAGCGUUAGUGUGUCGGGUGCAGCACAGUCAAAUCAGAUGUGUUGAAAAGAAAAAGAAAAAGAUAUUCACGACAGAUUUUUGGCUCCACCCUCUGAUUUUACCUCAACAUCUCUUAAGCUUUAAAAAUGAGCACCAACAUCCACACGUUUUCCUUUUAGACGCAUAACUUCUGCUACAAUUCAGGCGUUUUAUCAAACUUUGGGAUUGUGUUUAAGUCUGGAUGGACUAAAACAGAGACUUUAGGAAGGAGCGAUGAGGGCCCCAGUGUUUUCUUUCUGAUGAACUGUCACGACGAGCCCCUUCCUGAUUCGUUAAGCCCCUGUCACAUGACAGGAAGAAAACAGACGCCAGUUUUUGACAGCCAGCAGUUAAUCCAAAUUCAACACAGAUAACGAAUAGCAGGUGUCGCCUCUGCUGGCAGUUGUUGUGCAGUUCAGGAACUCCUCUGCUCUUACUUUAUUAUUUACCUACAACUAAGCAACCGACUGCCUGCUUGGUUUUGCCUUUUCGUGCGCGUUAUAUCUGAAACGGUUCUGAAAUCGUUGUGUUUUGAGAUGCGUUUCAAAAUGAAAAGGUGGAACAGAACAACAAAAGUGCCAUGACAGCCGUUAGCAGUAGCACUACUCAUGUUUGCACACAGUGAAUCUGGGUUAAUUCUUCUAAGAUGCAGCAGAAGUUUGCGCUUCUACGAUUUGUUCAUCGUCCAAGACGGACAGCGAGAUGUAAAACGGUAAAGGCGUCUGUUCUACGAAGCAAGAACAACGGGCUCGCGACGCAUGUUGAUCUUAAAUCAAAGGGGCCCGCUAGAUCACCAUGGCAACCGAUUCAGAGUUUGGGAUGUAAAUCGGCCGUAAGACGCGUCUCCCUUUAACCGAUUCUUUUCCUGAGGAGUCGAUACAGAUUCUCGGCUGAGGUUUUAAUCGGCAAACCCGUUGAGCCGCGUGUUAGCGAUCCCGGUGAACAAAGCGAACUGUGUCACCACGGUAACCUUCAGUUUGUGAUGCGGUUUUAAAGCUUGAUCCUGAUUUCACACGGCUGGUAUUGGUGCUAAUAUCCAAUCGAUACAUUAGUUUUACUUUGAUUUGGCCAACGACAAAACCUUCAUUCUGGAACAAUCUCAGAUCAAAAGGCAAAUUUUCAUGUUUAAAUGUACGAAGUGCAGCUGACAUGUUAGAGAUAAGCAGCUGCAUUGAGAGUAAAUCUAUCAGCUAACAUGAUUAACAGCUUCCUACCAGCAUUCCUCUCCUGCUUUAUUUGCAGUAAAGUGCUGCUUUAAGCUGUAAUAAAUUUGAUUUUUGUUAAUAGCUCUCCAUCAUAACAACCCGUUUCUCUCUACUGAAGCAGGAGACGACACAUCAAACGCCUCCUUCUGAGCUGAUUAACAAAUUAAAGUGGACAACCGGCAUCAUCUCCGACUCGGGUUUGAGAUUUCGUCAAGCCAGCUAACACAAAGAAAGCCUGGAUAUGUUAAACUUGCUUUGUAGUACAGCCUCUAUACGUUGCUUUCUCCCAGUAAUCUCAUCCCAGUUAACCAGACACAGCUGCCCCAAGUUAUUUUAGGGCUUGUUUUUAACUUAGGAAUACUUGUGACAUUGGAAUUUAAAAAAAAGUCCACAGACUCACACAUUGUGAUGAUGAAACGCUGAUCAAACUUCUUUUCUUGUCUCUGUGUUCGUCAAGAUAUUUCUGUCACACAUAUAAAAUCACACUUUUGCGCCCCGGUUGCUAAAAAAAAACUACAAACUGGAAGUAAGUUUAACCUAAAACAGUGUAUGUGCAGUUUUACUUGUCAGUACUAAAGAAGUGUAUCCAAAGGAAGUUCACCAAAACACAGACGGACAAACCGACCGACGGAGGUGGAGGAUCGUCGCUACAGCUAAAAAUACGUCAAACACCAAAUAUCCUAAAAAACAAAAAACAAAACAAAAAACGUUCCAAAGACUUCAAGCACAAAUACUCGUUCAGUGAACUGCAUGCGCACAAAGAACGUUCCAGCAGAAUCCUAUCUUAUAGCUCAUCAACUAAUGAAGCGUAGCUAAACCACAUUUCGAAACAGUCUUUAAUCUUUCCAGGGAGACGGCACAACAGUUUGGGCUUUGAUUUCGUUAAAAGAAAAGCCUCCUAAACUACAUAAACGGUGUAUUUAAGCUAUAGUAAGCUGCUUGAUCUCUAACUUUGCUGUACUGAACUGUAAUUGCGUUUCUCCAGAAUAGACUGUUCCUUGUUUGCAUUUGAAUAUUAUCUGUUAACGUGUAGAAGAAGAUAUGAAGUAAUGUUUGCAUGCAUACGGACGGACGGACCGGUGACGGUGGGAAGCGGCCGAGGCUGCGCGUAUCUUGUCCUCAACGGGAUUGCUAUACUCAAACACUGAAGUGAUCAAAGAACUGAAAUAUAGAGUUUCAAUCAACGAAAUAAUCAGUUGCAUUGUAAAUGUUUACCUGAUGAAAAUGUACACAUUGUAAUACAUCAAUUAAAACACUUUAGAAACUA